ACUUUUAAAUUUCCCCAUCCUGUAGACCAAUAGUGCAUACGUGUCAUCAUUGUUUCUGUCAAAUUAUGUGGGAGGUCCAGCUAGGGCCAAAUUCCAUUAAAUGGUAGGAAUCUCAUGAUUGAAACAUGGUAGAUAUAUAUAAUAAUGGGAUAUCUUGUGAAAUGUAGAAGAGGUGCAUAAUGAUAGACACAAAAUUUAUGUUUUGAUACACAAACCAACGCAGACACAAACGCACUGCACAAACUCACAUAACAUACACAAAUUUGUUGCUAGUAGUCAUCUUCUAAUUCACUGUCGUCACUCUCGAUUUUCAUGCUCUGAAAGUUUUUGACCGCGAAAGAAGUCGUUCCUUUCAUAUUUAGGUCUCUCUGAGAUCUCGAGCUCCUAUCACCACCCUCCAUGUCCUGAUCCAGCAACUCCACUGACAGUCUCCUCAUCUGGGAAAUAGCCGAGGGCCUCAACUGGACUUGGUCCUUGCAAAAGUCUGCCUGAAAAACCAUUGACCACGAUUCUCUCUCCCUGUGAUCGAUCUCGGGGGCCUUCUUCUGCCGGGAGAUCUUGCCAAAACUGCUCACCCUUCUUGCCCGGAUCGGUCUGGCAUGAUGCCGUGGUGAUUCGGCUCCUGGGGACUUUGAAAUCCGAGCUCGUGAUCUGUUGUCGAUGGUGCUGUCUAGAGACGAGGAGAGGUCCAUUGCCUCUAUGGUGUCCGACUUUCUCUUGGAUCUGAGAGCUGCCGACAGAGACGGGAGCGUUCUACUCUUGUUCUUCUUGUCUGUCAGAGUGGACGCGUCGUAAGGCUCCCUGGGUAUCUCUUUCGCCGACGUGAUCUGCUCCAUCUUUGUGAGGCGACGGAGGGCGAGUUUCAGCUCCUUUCUGUCUUUGCACACGUUCAGCCCGUCCGUGUAGAUCUUCUUGGCUUUCUCCCACUCGUUGGCGCAGCAGAGAGCGGCGCCCAUCCGCAGGUAGAGCUUGGGAUCCGCGGGCCGAAGUCGCACCGUCGCCUCUGAGUCCUUGUAGAUCUGCAUGAGUGAGCGCAUGAUCUUGUUGCAGCUUACGCUGCCGGGCGAGUGCCGCGGGCUCGUCUGCGUCAUCCUCUCGGACACUUCCUGCCGCACCAGACCGCUCACCAUUCCAAUGGACGGGUCGUAGAUGCAGUCCAGCUCCGUCUGGAGCUCUAGGGCGAGUGCCUGGUCGAACUGACGGGCGGCCGUUUGCAGGUCUCCCUUUGCGAACGCAUCUCGUCCGACUCUGGCGGCGGAGAUGUACAUAUCCAGAGUAGCGCGGACCGUCUCUGGAGUCGGGGAGGUCGUCGAGCUGAGGUCGUUCCCUAUGGAGUCCUCGUUGCUCCCGCUGCUGCUGUACGAGCACGAGCUGCUCGCGAUCGAUCUUCGCUUGGACAUCAUGACAGACUACUGAGCUAGGAAUCUAGCAAUGGUAGUGGCUAAUAAUACUGAACUGGCACUAAUUGACGCUAGGCUUUUGUAACGGUAUUCGAUGACGCUUGCGUAUAUAUACCUACAAAAUUUGGACAAAAAUGGUAGUGUGGGGGCGGGGUCUGUGAGGAAUUUGCUCCGCUCGCUCGAGCGCUGACCCUAUCAAAACACCCAGCGCGGCGAUGGCAGUGACGGCAGUCUUCCUCAUCAUCUGCACAUUCACACUGAUUACAUGUUGUUACUCCCAAGGACCAGCAGGAGGACGAGUGAAUAUACUCUCAGUGAAUGAGAGUGUGGAGCUGUUCUGUAUGACAGACUGGAAGGUUUUCCCUGUAUUUUCAGCCAACCUUGACAUCAACUUGAGGCCUCCUUGUCCCUCCUGCCACCCCAGCUACAACUACGUAAUCCACGACAACCAGUUUAUCGUACCCUCGACUGAGAUAGUGACCUUCUUUACUUUUCUCCCAGAAAAACCGUUUGUGUAUACCCAGGUUGUCUCCACGCCAAACUGUGAACCUCUGAGCAUAUACGAAUCAAUUCUCAGUCCCAGUUUGCUCUACCUGGAUUGCAAGGAUAUCGAAAAUGACGGAAACUAUUUCCUUGCUCAAUUGGAGCGGUUUCCUGGGAGAAGUGGAGACAAUAUUUGGAUAUUCAGUACACUGAGUGGGUUUGGUAGCUUGGAGCAGGCUGGGACCUAUGUAGGGGUUAUGGCCAUUGACCUUGUCAUGAUGCUGUAUGUACAUGAAACCCAGGACUACAUAGAGUUAAACGGUUUUCUCACGGGCUACAUCGACAUUCUAACCAAACCCUCAGAGUGCACUAAUAUAGUCAGAAUAUCAGCGACUGGAAACUCUGGCGAUAGACUGCUCCUGGAGUGUUCGACCUCUGAAACAGAGCUGGUCUCAGUUAUCCAUAUCUUGGACUCUGUGACUAGUAGCACACACCUACUAACAACGUCCCCCUACGAAAUCUGCCCCAUUAGAUUCUCAGAGGAUGGUUCGGUAGCGGCGAUAUUCACGGAAUUCAACAUCAUUGUCAUAGACUUGGUUUCUGAAAGCUACACGAAUGUGACUGUCAAUCAAAGCAUUUACGAUGGGGUCGUCUCUCAAUCCACCAGUAGCAACACUUUCUACCUUGUGUACUCCACUAUUGGUGGACUUCACAGGCUUCAGCUCUCUUUAACUACAACUAAAACCAAGAGGACAAUACAAAUUUGGAGCGAGUCCCUUUUUCCCAAUACAGGUAGUAUCUGUGCUAGGGAAGGAUGCCCACUGUUGUAUAUGGUUAAUCAGGAUCUCGUUUUGGCAGCUGUUGACUCUAAAGUUGCCCUUCUCUCCAUAUCCGGUCUGGAGCGAGUCGCGAUGGACAUUCAGACUCAACAUCCUCCCUUGCGAUUCGUGUUCCAAACUGUGAAUAAUUCCGUGUGCGGACUCACUCCUAGCGUUUGCUCGUUAUCGUCACUGGAGGUAACUAUAGUUCCGUCGCUUGAAGCCAGAAUCCCAUUACAACAUGGUAACGUUAAGGAGCAGGGUAACCCGAUUAAACAAACUACUGCUGCUGCCAUUGGUGUAGCAGCUACUAUAGUCACUCUUAUGGUGACAGUUAUCCUUACAGCAAUCCUUUUAGUAGCAGCUCGCAAAAAGAAAUGGCUUUACUCUGGUGGAACAGCAUUUACAAGGUAUAAGAGGUCGUCUGAUCGAGUCGAACUCAUCAGCUGUGGAUUGGAAUCUGCAUCCGGUGAAAGUAUGGAUUCAGGCAUGAUCCAGCUCUCCCGUUGUAGCACUGAUUCUUGCAUUAUUGAUGAUGAUGAGUGUGCCACUGAUGAGAGCAAAUGUGAGCUAUUGACAACGACAGAAGAUGUGGAACCCUCAAAACCUAACGAAACCGUGACAGAAAACAAAGAGACUAACUUUGCCGAACAGAAAGACGGAGGGCUUUAUCGUGCUACACUAGAGGUGGAAAGAGACAAGCACAAUGAGACAUCGAUGUCUUCAUGCGAUCAUCUGCAAAUUCAUGCACAAGAAGAACAGCACAAUGAUGCUGGGGGGAAAUUGUUUGUUCAUGGAUAUUAUUUAUCUCGACAGCAUGCAUACCUCUAAGAACAUGUAUAGCCACACUCUGAUAUGUAUAAAAGCACCCCCUGAUUCAUCUGCCAUCUCUACUAUACCCUCCAUGGUUCCUGAUUUACACACACACGUGUACAUUAAUUAUGAUGUGGACACAUGGACUAUAAGGAAUGCUGACUUAAUAUCACUGAAUAUGGUCAUAAAAUAAAUAAGUUCUAUAAUCUCUGAUACACAGUGAAUCUGUACGUGAUGCCGUUCUCUGUAAACUGCCCUUGAGGAACAUCAUCACAACUGUGGAGAGAGAACAUAGCAACACUGUUAAAACCCUUUGGACGCCAUGGGUAUAUAUCUGCUUAAGAAAGCAGAAAAUGAUGUAUAAAGUAUUGGCGCCUAGUAUUAUAACCCGCCAUAUAAAUUCUUAUGGACUUAUGGAGGCUG